UCUCCUUUGACUGGAGACGCGAUGUGACUUUUUACUUAUGACGACCGGAGUAGAGUGUCAUUAACUCGCUUAAUAAGCGCAUACAAGCGUGGAGGCAGCAGCGCCUCCUAGCAGGCCUCUGAAAUACGCUCGAUAUCGUUUUAGGGCUGGAAUGUAGAUGAAAUAUCUUUAAGCACCCAAGUCCUUCGAUCCACGAGUGGGGCAUCUGUGUUUGAAACUUUUACGGCCACCUUGUUUAUAACGGUUAUAGGGAGUAGGAUAGACGCAAUUUGAAAGCUCUUGAACCGAACAGCGAGAUUAUGGGGGAAGCGACGACCAAUUAUUCCUUGAAGUAUCAGGCGCGUGUCCUAGUGGCCUUGCCAAGUGACACGAUCAGCUCAAAAUGGCUUGUUGGCACCACAGCUCUGCGAGAGGAGAAUGAGGUACGCAUGCUUCAAUAUGACGCGGACAACGAACAGCUGGUUUGCAAGCUUGCUUACUCACACCCAGCCGAGGUUUGGGACAUCGCACCGUGCCCGACGCGAGACGAUGUUUUCGUGUCUGUAUGGGCGAAAGCCGGUAACAGUAGCGCUACCUUGUGGAGGGUUGUGGACGGAGAGUCCUCCUCCGCGGGGCAGCCGGCUGCAGCAGCUGGCCGCAGUCCCGAGCUGCAGCUGGAGCAGCAGGCAGAGCUGGCCGGGCAGAGCCGAGCCAUGCGCUGCGCAUUGUGGAGCUCGCAACAGACUGACACCGUGGUGACGUUGGAGGAGGGUUUCCUCAAGAAGUGGUCAAUUACCGGUGCGGGCGCAGAGUGCACCUCAAGCUGCCCCGCCGGGGAGAUGGUGCAGCUGUGGUCAGGAGCGCUACACCCUCGUAAUGCAUCGCUGUUGUGUACGGCAGGCAGUAAUGACGUACAGACGUGGGACCUCCGCAACCUUGGUCGGCCCAUAGGUGAAAUCAAGAUGGCCCACAAGAUGCCCGUCCGCUCCAUCAGCUUCGCACCACACAACGACACGCGGGUGUUGACUGCUGGAGACGACUGCAAGCUGCGGUUCUGGGACCUCAGGAACCCCGGUCAGGCCCUUUUGGAGCUGGGGGGUCACCGGCACUGGGUGUGGCGGGCCGCCUACAACCCCGUGAACGACUCCCUAAUAGCGUCAUGCUCCUCAGACUGCUGCGUCAACCUGUACUACACGCCCAACUUGGCGGCACUGCCGGGACAUGUGUGUAUGGGCGCGUUCCACCACCGUGAUGAACACGCGCGUCGUGGGAUCGCAUCCUGGCCUGGCUCCCGCCGCAGUCACCUCCUGUCUGGUGACCUGGACGGCAAGGUGGCCAGCUGGGAUGAGCACGAGGACAGCGUGUACGGCAUGGCGUGGAGUGCCGCAGAUCCUUGGCUGCUGGCUAGCUUGUCGUUUGACGGGCGGGUCACCAUCGACCGGGUCCCCAAGAAUAUCAAGUACAAGAUCCUCAUUUAG